CUGACACAGACGCACGAGUCUCGCCGCACUGGCACGCGCGUUCAGUAACAUCACCUAACAGGCCAGCGAGCUGAAUAAAUAACAUCAACAUUCCUUCUUUGAUUGUCUCCAGAGACCGGCACCACAGCUCUGAAGGAUCGUCGCAACUCUUUCGGGUCAGGGUUCAGAGGUCAGUAACCUGGUCAGUUGACAACGGGGACCAGAGAGCGGCUGAUUUCACCAAGUUUGAAUAAUGACCUCACAAAGCUCUCUGAAACUCAUCAACAAGGUCCGGACCUUGGACCCGGCGAGUAAGUUGCUGGAACAGCUAUAUACCAGGGCAGAUAACCCCGACACGCCCCCAGAUGUGAGGGCAACGAUAGGAAGAGCGCUGGAACUGAUAGACACCCGUGAAGAAUACAGUCGAGAGAUGACGUAUGCCGAUUCGCCAGGUGCCCGGAUGAUCUGCGAGAAGACCUACGCCAUGCCAUGGCAGCAGCUGUACAAAGAGGGCAAGGUGGGAGCAGAGUUCAGUGCCCUUUGGCUGAGCGGCACCGGAGAAGGUCAGAUUCUUCAGUUCUUGAUCCGAAUGCAAAAAGCUAAAAGAGCUCUGGAGAUCGGGAUGUUUACAGGAUAUGUUGCAAUGGCGAUGGCGGAGGCACUUCCGGAAGAUGGUGCUGUUGUCACGUGCGAGUUCGAACCAUAUUUAGUUGAGAUUGCCAGGAAGUGGUUCGAUGAGACGCCAUCCGGGAAGAGAAUAGACAUUCGUCAAGGUCCAGCGCUAGACUCCCUGGACCAGCUGGCCGCGGAGGGUCAGACAUUCGACGUCGUGUACCUGGACGCUGACAAGCCCAACUACACAGCGUACUUCAAGAAGCUGCUGGACCUUGAUCUUCUGGCUGCGGGUGGAACGUUGAUGGCGGACAACAGCUUGUACUAUGGCUACCCGUACACCCAGCCCGGCUCCACGGUGGAUUUGUUCAACAAGGCGGUGAUGGAAGACUCCCGGGUGGAGCAGAUUGUGUUGCCUCUUUUCGACGGUGUAUCCUUGAUCAGGAGGAAGGGGGAAUAACUUAUGUGCAAAGUGAAGAUAACUCUGCCUGCUGAUAUAUAGUCGCCUUAUAUGCAAGAGUCUUCAUUGUAAUGAAAAUGUGGUAAAUAAAAGUAUAAAUACCA